UCCAGCGAACGAAAACAGUUUUUCAUUUCGAUCGCGUACGGGCACGAGAACGGACGACACAACUCUUGCCAGAGACCACGGUUCUUGGCGCGCGCUCUUUCUUCCAUACCAUACCACUUUUACUGACUGUGUGUCUGUCUGUCUGUGCUGAAUUUCUCGGUGUCCAACAGUCAGCCAUUGAACGGGAUUGGAUCGGGGAAAAAGUAGCUAAUCAAUCAAAGUGCGUAAUUGAAUCGCUGACUAGGAGACAGUUACGACGAAGGAAAAUCAUUCUUUUCCUACGGUUCCGGUUUUGUGUGUGUCUGCUUGAGGAAAAGGUGCGCGCAGUCGAUUUUUUUCGGUGAAGGAGCUGCAAGAGGGAAGGUGAGCGCUUCAUUAGUGAUACCGAUACGGGAUACAGUACGGAUACUGGAGUAAUAAAGGUGCCAACGGUGACCAAUUAGUGAGCUCGACGAAAGCUGAGAAAAGGUCGGAAAGCUUGAAACAGUGUUUCUCUGGUGGAAUCCAAUGCAUACAUGGUGAAGUCGAAGGUUCAAGAAGUGAGUGAUUGAAGAAUACAGCACGGAGUUGAACCGAAGCCGUUGACUGUGAGUUCGAGUUGGGAAGGAUAGCAAACGGAAGAAAAUCAGUUGACAAUGAGUGAUUUCCCAGCGGUAGUUGAGUUAAACGUGGGAGGAGUACAAUACGCUUCGAGCUUGGAUACACUCAGAUCGGAGGAUGGCUCCUGGUUGCAGGAAGUGUUCGGCGGCAGUGUAGAUGACAUGCUCAAGGAUAGCCAGGGUCGGUUCUUCAUCGAUCGCGAUGGAGUGCUGUUCCGAUACGUGUUGGAAUACCUACGGGAACCAGCUAAGUUCAAGGUGACGUCAGAGUUCCAGGAUCGAGUACGACUUCGGAAGGAGGCAGAGUUUUUCCGGUUGGGCGGUUUAGUGGAAGCCUUGACCAAGGAACCGGGUUGCAUCACCAUCGGCUAUCGGGGUAGUUUUCAGUUUGGUCGCGAUGGGCUGGCGGAUGUGAAGUUCCGGAAAAUCACACGACUGUUGGUCCAUGGACGUGUGGCGAUCUGUCGGGAGGUGUUCGGCGAUACCUUGAACGAGUCGCGCGAUCCAGACCAUGGAGGACCGGAUCGUUACACGGCGCGGUUCUUUCUGAAGCACGUCUUCAUCGAGCAGGCCUUCGACAUGCUGCAGGAUAAUGGAUUCCGGUGCGUCGGCAGUUGCGGUUCCGGCACGGCCGGAUCCAUUACGGAAAACCUGAAGCCCGGUGUGGACUCCGAGGAGAACCGCUGGAAUCACUACAAUGAGUUUGUCUUCAUUCGCGACUAAGGCCGUGCGAGCUUUGCUGCGGUGUCGGAAGGAUUGGUGACCAAAAAGUUAAGUGACGGAAAUCUGUAGAUAUCAUGUGAUACAUUAAAUAGCCACAAGUUUGAUCAGCCCCGGUGCUGAGAGGGGAGAAUAAAGGGGAUUAAGAAAAUUCGGGAUUUGUGUUUGAGUUCGUUUUGAGUUGUGCGAACGAGAAAUAUUCUCGUUCUGAUCUAACGUGACAUGCAUCGAUUCCUUUUUCCAACAUUGACGGGGGACCAACUUGUUGAAAAGCAUGAUUAGUCGAGUGUCGUGGCUUCGUUGGGAUGAAAAGCCACUUCAUCAUUAUCGGUUUUAUCUUGGUCGGUGGCGUUGCUGGUUAGGAGGUUAGGAGUUGGAGCAGAAAGGGCUCCCAUCCCAUCCGUGGGCUCCGCAAUCAAAUCUCGCUCUCCAUCAUUCUCGCUUCCAGUCGAGUGGCAAGUCUGGUAAUGAUGUGUUUGACGACGGCUGAAGCACAGCGUGUUGAUUGGGGAGUAGUUUUUCAUUCUCCCCGAAGGGAUGUGAAAUAACUGGUUGCUCGAAAUUUGUGCUGAUUGGCUGGCACAUUGGUGCUGGGUGGAUUUGGUCGUGUGAUAUUUCAUCCAUACUGGCCGGGGGCGAUAAGAUUGUCUCUGCUUUUGACGGGUGUUCGUUGAACAGUGACGAGGACUGUAAAUCCUAUAUAGUUGAUUUGAUGAACAGGAAGCUGUUUGAUGCUUUUCACAGACAUUUAUAUGUUUUACGUGGAAUUGUUGUAGAUAAUGUACGCUUAGCAUUACUCAGAAAUUUAUCUUCCUAGUUGUAAGCGUUCGACUACUUACAGCUUCAGUUAUUCUUUGAAGACAUUUAUUAGUACUUUGAUAAAUUAUAAUCUCUGAACAUAUAAGGAUUUUUAAAACGUGACGUAAUUAAUACAAAUUCCAGCGAAUCAUUUGAAGAAGUUAGUGAACCUUGAAUCAUUUUACCAUAAAUCAUCAUCUUCUUCUAAGAAAUAUUACGAUUAGCCUUGGAGUUCGUAGCUUACUUCGGUGAUAUUCGAUUUAUUUCACUGCCAUGGAUCGUAAUUUUUAUUCAUUUGAUAUCAGUGUUCAACAUAUUGCAGUUGCACUAAUGAAACAGCAUGAAAUCGUAAGCUUCUCAUUUUCUCUCAAUUUUUACUAACUUACAUGGGGGAUUGUAUUCUAGUUCUACUAGUAUGCACUGUAGAGCUACGUCGGGAAUAUUCGUUUCACAAUUCUGCGAACUAAAUACAUCCACAUUAUUUUGACUGUUCAUUCACUUUAUUAUAUCUUCCUCUCCUAUCUAUCUAAAUAACUAAAAACGGAAUGGUGUUUGUAUGUCGCGACAUAACUUGAGAACGGGCUAUCGGCUAAGUGAACUGCUCCAAAAUAGGAUAUAGCUUUUGACAAAAAAAAUCUUCAAUUAAGUUGGCCUAAUAAAUGAUCUCGAAGCUUUCUCAGUCUUGUGUUUAUGACUGGUAUGAAAAAGAAAUCAUGUUCAAUUUACGGUCCAGGAUUCCAUAGGAUUGAAAAGUUUUCUUGACUUUCCUGAAAAUAAAAUGUUUGCCAAUGUUUGUCGUGCCUAUGGUUUUAAAUGUGAACUCUAUGAAUCUAAGUGUUUAAUACAACGUAUUGUAUUGUAGGAAGAAAGCAUGUAUGAACCGGUUGAGUUUCUGCUGAAGCACUUUGGCGAGACCUGCAAUAGUUUAUCGAAAUCUUGAAGUUUGUUGCGAGAUGGAUCAACUAGAUCCGAGCUCUGAAGAAAGCAAAAAAAAAGCCUUGGAGUUUUAUCUACACCUUAAAUGGUUUUUAGCAUACUGUAUCCCAGAGUUCUGUGAGCUUUGGGUGAGAAAGUAAAUUAAAGGUUUAAUGCUAUGUUGUGACUAUGGAGUUGUAUACACGUUCUGAAUUUUUUCGACUCAUUUUUUUGACUAUGGAAAUUUUUCCAGAAAUUCCUAGAAUUCCUCAGGGAAUUACUUCAGGAA